AAACAACCCAAGCACCUGGUUUAGUCGAGCUUGAGGCGGAAAAGUACCACAAUGAAAACUAUUUGCUUAUUAUUCAUGCUUGCUGCCUGCUUGGCUGUGGUCUGUGCUGCUCCUGCUGGACAGGCGCCGACAGUAAAUUUGCUGAAGUACAACAAUGACCAGGAAUUGGAAGCAAUAAUGCGUCAAAUUAUUGCGCAAUAUGAGCAGCAGUACGGCGGUACCUCCCAGUUCCAUCAACCGCAGGCCGUUUCCUAUACGAAUCCUCACCAGCUUACAAUUAAUUUGUAA